GACUGCUGUGAGAUGCGAGAAGUGAGCGAGGACGUAGUUGAGGUGACGGUGGUGGAGAAAGCGGCUGAGGCUGGCGGAGGAAAGUUAGCGCGUCGGCGGAUGCGAAGAAAGGACGCCGCAGAGGGCGGCGGCGAUGGUUUGGUGAAGUGGGAGAGGUUUCUCCCGAAAAUCGCUUUAAGAGUUUUGCUAGUCGAAGCCGACGAUUCUACCAGACAGAUAAUCUCUGCUCUCCUCAGGAAAUGCAGCUACAGAGUUGCUGCUGUACCUGAUGGCUUGAAGGCUUGGGAGAUGCUAAAAGGGAAGCCCGAAAGCGUUGACCUAAUACUAACGGAGGUUGAUCUACCUUCAAUAUCUGGAUACGCUCUUCUAACUCUCAUCAUGGAGCAUGAUAUCUGCAAGAACAUUCCUGUUAUAAUGAUGUCGAGUCAGGAUUCGGUGAAUACUGUGUAUAAGUGCAUGUUGAAAGGUGCGGCUGACUAUCUUGUGAAGCCGUUGAGGAGGAAUGAGCUGAGAAAUCUCUGGCAACAUGUCUGGAGAAGACAAACUUCACUUGCUGCUCCUGGUAGCUUUCCACUAGAUGAGAGUGUUGGACAGAAGAAACCCGAGGGUGCGUCUGCAAACAAUUCGACCAGAGAUGAACAUCCUUUAGUUGGGAAUGGUGGUGAUGCUCAGAGCUCAUGUACAAGACCAGAGAUGGAAGGCGAAAGCGCAGACGUGGAGGAUAAUCCGAGAGACUCAUUACAGAUGGAGAGCGCAAAGUUUCUAGGGAAUGAGAUUCAGAGUAAGCGAGAAAUCACUGAUCACCUUCAUGUUUCUGUAAACUCUAUAGACUCAUCAAAAGAAGCCAUUGACUUCAUGGGAGCAUCACUUAGAAGAAAUGGACAACGUAACAGAGAAGAAAGUGUUGCCAAAUACGAAUCUCGGAUAGAGCUUGAUCUCUCUCUGAGAAGACCAAACACUUCCGAGAACCAAUCCUCUGGAGACAGACCUUCUCUUCAUCCUUCUAGUGCCUCGGCUUUCACACGGUACGUUCACAGGCCGCUGCAGACACAAUGUUCGGUUUCUCCGGUUUCUGAUCAAAGAACAAAUGUUGCGGCAAGUCAAGGCGAUAACAUUGUGCUAAUAAACCAAUACAAUUCAUCUGAACCGCCUCCAAGUGCUCCAAGAAGAAACGAAGGCGGCUUUUACAAUGGAGCUAACUCACCGGGUCCACCGUUUAGCAAUCAGAUGAAUUCUUGGCCUGGACAGAGUUCUUACCCAACGCCAGUUCCCAUCAAGAGUAUACAGUUCACGGGUCCCAACACAGCUUAUCCAUCUGGAAUGGCUCCUGCUUCACUCUCUCGAAGCCCAAGUUCCGUUAGCCCGCAUGAGUACAGUUCCAUGUUUCACCCAUUCAACGGUAAACCCGAGGGUUUGCAAGAGCGGGAUGGUUCGAUGGAUGUAGAGGAUAGAAGACACGUCUCCUCUGCAACCGAACAGAGUGCAAUAGGCAACCACACGGAACAGCAGCAGCUUGAGAAGAACGAAGAAGGGUAUUCAUCGUCUGUCGGGAAAAUUCAGCAAUCCCUUCAACGGGAAGCCGCUUUGAACAAAUUCCGGAUGAAGCGCAAGGACCGGUGUUUUGAGAAAAAGGUCCGUUACGAGAGCCGGAAGAAAUUGGCAGAGCAACGGCCGCGAAUCAAAGGGCAAUUCGUUCGUCAAGUGCAAUCCACCGAGACGUCAACACAAGCUCCACAAUGA